GGCUCGAGUCCAGCGUUCCACACGCACACACACACUCACGGAUGAGAAGACUGGAGAGCAGCAGCUGACUGACAACAGUGGGUGGCUCGUCUAUUUAUUGACCUGCUGGAUAAGCAAAAGUUGCCAUGGAAACUACUUCUCUCUUCCUCUCUUCGCUCCUCAUGUGUGUGGCGGCCGGAGCAGACGUUGAUGUACAGGAUGAACCGGAGAAAGAGGAAAAUCCUUUUAUCUAUGACUACGAGAGCCUGAGGAUUUGUGGACUGGCCUUAGCUGUGGUGCUGUUCACGCUGGGCAUCCUGCUUAUUCUCAGUCGACGGUGCCGCUGCAGUAUCAAGCAGAAAAGCAGGGCCCCCAGAGAUGAGGAGGCGCAGGAGGAAAACCUCAUCGUCUCAAAGGCCGCAGCAGCCGCCAAAGAGACUCCAGCGGAAAACUGAGGCAGCUCCCCUCCGCUGUCAGCUCGCACUGCCUUCUGAUUUUAUUUGACAUGAAUCCACGGCAUCAUAGCUAUAACUAUUAUAAGUGGUGACACAUCAAGGUAAGGGUAUUCUAAAAACGUGUACAUAAAUCAUACCUACCCUGACGACAAACCUUUAGGCCCGUCGUGCUUCGUCGUGAUCGUAGCAGUCCUCAGUGCUCUUGUCUCUUCUUGUGCCUUCAUAAAGUCUCCCGAUUUGAUUAACGCUGUCCAUACUGUCGCGGGUAAUAGCACCUUUGACACAAGAUGGUCUUCAAGAUAGAUAGAAAGUGUGUCUGCGUGGUGUGCUUUUGUUUGUUUGGUACUCCCAGCUCCUGCUUUUUAGAGUUUAGUCCUUAGGUAGCAGUUUGAAAUCACGAAAGGGCUUAUGAAUGGUUUAUAAAUGGCUAUGUUAUUAAGCCUUAAUAAACUAAUAGAUGACAUGGAACCACAUGAAUCUCAACUGAAAAAUCGGCCUGAAAAAAAGGACUUCUGCUGGAGCGCCAUCUGCUGGAUUUGAUUUGUCUCUGCAAGACGAGGCCGCAAUGGCGGAAGUAGCUUGAAGUUGCCAAAAAGUGAGCCCACACAAAUGAUUCACGUCGCCAAAUAGUGUCCUGCUGUUUAUCAAGGCUUCCUAAUGAUGAACUAUUUAUAAGCAUUUGUAAACUCGAUCAAUGUAGCGUGUCAAUGGCUUGACUCCAUUCUUUAUGUUGUCAAUUGUCCUUGAAAAUGUUUGUUGUACUAUAUUUGUACUGUAUUUAAGCGUACAGAGAACUAUACACCGGUAAGUUGUAUGUAUGUAUGUAAGUGUGUGUCUUUGCAUACAUGUGAAUACAUAUACGCAUGUAUGUGUGUAAGCGUGAUGUGUGAGACAAUCGGACCUGCUUCCAUCCACUGCAGAGACGUCCUGUGGAAUUUACUGCAUCAGCUGUCUCACUGCCGUCCACUUUUUUGCUCCUCCCCUGAUUCUCGAGGGAACGUGAAUUCCACAUGUACACAUUCACUAUUUAUUUUCUACUUGGAUUUGAGUGAGCCUUAAAGGUCACCAAGAAAACGUUCACACGUGCGAUUGGUUUGAAGAGACACCCAAUUGUCCAAUCGCCGCAUGAGGCCUUGUUGUGUUGCAACAUGUCAUACUUUUGGCAUACGAUAUGAAUAAAUGUCUCAAGACUCAUA